GUCAAGCGUCAGUUGGUGUUUUUUCUGGGUGAGGAGUCACUUGGACAGACACGCAGACGUGCUCCAAAAUGACGGAACUCGGAAACCAGAGGUCGAAGAGGGUUAUCACAGGUGUGAGUCUCCUGGGAAUAGAGAAGCGCUACGUGCCGAACAAACACUACUUAUACAUCCUGUCCGUGAAGUGGUCUGAGGGGAGUGAAUUCAUCAUUUACAGACGAUACAGCGCUUUCUUCCAGCUUCACCAAAAGCUUUCCGAGUUGUUCCCCAUAGAGACGGGGGCAGUGAGCAGGAAGGACCAGACGAUCCCACCCCUACCGAAACAGAGAUGGUUUGGGAACGAGAAAUUCAAGGUAGCGGACGAGAGGAUGCUGACGAUCGACGGCUAUUGCCGAAAAGUUGCGAUUGCCGAGCCGAAGAUUUCCGAACACGAGGAAGUGCUGUCGUUCUUCGAGACGUUGCCCGAAGACCUGACCCCUCCACCUCCCGACCCGAAGAAACCUAACAAGACGUACCUGACAUUCGAGUCGAAAGGCGGAGACAACAAAGACAAGGGCAAAUCUGCGGAUAAGUCAGGUAUGAUGUGAAACAGUCCUUAAAAGUGGCCUGAACUCUGUAUUCCAGGGGUCUCCAGUCUUCAAGGUGUUUGUGUACCUUAAAAUGUCUGAUAGUCACUCAACUGAUGUCGUUAGCUUAGAAACCCUACCGCCAUCGAGAAAUUGUGUCCGAAGUCGGUCACAAACAACUAGUAGUUUUGGCGCCGUCAUUAAUAUUGUACGUUCACCUACUUUUAACUUCUUAUACUUAAGUGUCAAAAUCUCU